AUGGUGAUAAUAUUACGUUCAUUUGGAAAUCUAUCAAAAAUAUCUAUACUACGUCUAUUAUCACCAUCAUUUGAUGAUGAUAUUAUUGUUUGUUAUGAUCGUUCAAAAUUAUGUCUAUAUACAUCAAAUGGAAAAUUAACGAGACAAGCAAUAUUUGAACAUGAAACUAUUCAAUCUAAAGUUUUAAAUGUAGAUAGUCAAUACACAGUUAUUGGUAGUGAUCGAGUUUUUGUACAAAUCAUUCGAACACAUGAUUUACAACCUGUUUGUGCUUAUUCACAAUGUGAUGUUGGUAUUCGUUCAUUGGCAAUAACUCAUGAUCAAAAAUAA